AUGACGCGGUACGCUGGCGUUGAAGUUGGUGGCACGACGUGGGUCGCUGCUAUUGCCGAAGACCACCCGGAGAACAUUCUCGAGAAGUUUGAGGUGGACACGACGACUCCUGAAGCGACCAUUGGCGCCGUCAUUGACUGGCUGAAGGAGCGCCAGUUCGACGCCAUUGGCAUUGCGUCGUUCGGGCCCGUGGACCUGAACAAAAAGUCGCCGACGUAUGGCUACAUCACGAGCACGCCCAAGCCCAAUUGGGGCAACACGGAAGUCGUCGGCGUGUUCGAGCGCGCGUUCCCGAAUGUCCCCAUUGGCUUUGACACGGACGUGAACGCGCCCGCGCUCUACGAAGUCGCGUACGGCGGCCACGGAGACAUUAGCAGUGCCGUGUACAUCACCGUGGGCACUGGCGUCGGCGUCGGCGUGUGCACGAACGGCAACGCGAUUCACGGCUUUAUGCACCCGGAAGGGGGCCACAUCAUUGUGCCCCCUGCGCCUCAGGACAUGGAGACGGACUUUAAAGGCGUGUGUCCCUUCCACGGCAACUGUGUCGAAGGUAUGGUAGCGUCAGGCUCAAUUGCUGCGCGAACGGGCGUCGACCGUCGCGACCUCGCUACUAUCACGGACGAUGACCCCGUGUGGGACACGAUCGCCCACUACUUGGCGAACCUGUGCCUCAACGUGACGUUCCUCACGUCGCCCGACGUGAUUGUCAUUGGUGGCGGCAUUGCCCGUCGGGAAAAGCUGUUCCACUUGAUUCGUGACAAGUUUGUCGCUCGAGUCAACAAGUACGGCCAACAGCCGCCCGUGGACAAGUACAUCCGUGCGUCGUUUCACCCGUCGAUUGGCCUCGUGAGUUCGCUGCACUUGGCCCGACUCGAGCUCGAGCACAAGUGA